AUGACUGCCAUGGCGUGCAAGUGGAACGGACUGUUUAAUGUUGGCGAGGACUUCGACGAUGAGGAGUCGCUACGGGCGGAUUGGGAUGUGACUGCAGAGCCUGUCGCCACUGCUGCUGUCCCUGUUUCUGGAGCCUCUUGUCGCCUCCGAGCCCCGUCCGCCAAUAGCGCUCAAACUGCAGCGCACCAUCCACCACCCCCUGGACCCCCACUUCGUAACCUGAGCUCACACCACCCUCUUGAGAAAGGAGCAGACAGCACAGCACCCUGUGCCAUUGAGAAGGCAGUGGGUUUCAGACUAAGAUGCAUUUCCAGUUCUGCGGUGUCCACUGUCUCUCCCUGCUCGUCCCUUCCUCCCGUUGCUACUGAAAACCCGUCCGGGGCUCUGGGUGCUGGCCUACCCAUGAGCUCAGUGCCUGCGCCACCAAAGUCUGAUGGGAACCAGCCAUCUGAUCCGUUCCCAGAUGACUUUGAUGACUGGGAUUUGGACCUUGGGGACCUGGAAGACAAUGUACCACAGCAGGGAAUCAGGCCUGAGGUCCCACAGUUGGCCCCAGUACAGCCCGGUGUAAACUCUGUGCCCCCCGCUAAGAAAAUGCGUGUAUCAGACAGUGUCGCUCAAGUGACGCCAGGUGGCCAUUUGCAAGCACCCAGCAGUGCUAAUUCCGUUGGUGCUUUUCACUUCAGCCGUUCCUCCAACGGCCCCAGCCAUUCUUCGUGUCCGAGGUCAGUAUCCCCCACAGUCCGACCACAGGUCCCGGCGUUGCCCAGAGGUCCUGUGACGCCCACAGCAGUCAGACCGCUCCCCCGGUGUCAGACGCCAGCCUCCGCGUCUCACCCGGCGGGGAGGUCGUCCAGCGCCCCCUUCAGCCCUGUGUCCCCGGUCCCCACAGCGAGGACCAGCAGGUCCAGCGAUGCGGGCUCCCCUGCUGUCACCCCACGCUCCCUGCAGACGCCUGUGUUCACCAACCACCUGGUGCAGCUCGUGUCGGCCUCCAACAAGACGCCGCAGGGGCCGCGGUCUGAGCGAGCGCGACCCAGGACCCGCCGCUUCCCGGGCCCUGCUGGAGUCCUCCCCCAGCAGCUUGGUGGUCGGAGCAUGGAUGACAUCGUGGUGUCCCUCCCGCAGACGCCGGCACACGGGGCAGUGGCGCGACUGCGCAGCCAGGUGCCCAGCUCUCAGGUGACAGAGGAAGAGGAGUUCAGCGGAGGCCCAUGGGCCAUGAUGAAGGCAGAGAUGGGAUUGGACGAGAGGAACCCUGCCUGCUUCCUGCACUCGUACAGUGUCGUCAUGGUACUGCGCAAGGCGGCCCUGAAACAGCUGGCCAAGAACAAGGUGCCUAACAUGGCCGUGAUGGUGAAGACCCUGCUGCACACACACGCCGAUGCCAAGGCCGUGUUCCGAGACCCCACGGGAGAGAUGCAGGGUACGGUACACCGGCGCCUCCUGGAGGACAGACAGGGCGAGCUGAAGACGGGGGCUGUACUGCUUCUUAAACAAGUAGGCGUGUUCUCACCCUCUCAUCGGAACCACUACCUGAACGUCACCCCCAACAACCUGCUGAGGAUCUACCCUCCCGAUGCCACCACUCUGUCCUUCUCACAGCUGUCCCAUCAUGCCCUGGAAGACUUAGGGCCACAGUGCAAUAAUAAUACCACAGCGCAAACCUCCCAUCCACCAGGGGGCCCUGUGUCACAGAUGGACCUCCUGUAUGAUGAUGACGAAGAGUGCAGUGAGAGCAACAUGGCUGCUGAUGAGCCUGCAGCGCCCCCAUCUUCAGUGCAUAAGUCUGGGUCAGGCAGUACAGCUCAGGGGCCUGCAGGGGCCAGACAUGUGGACGACUCAGCUUGGGAAACAGACGACCUGGACGCGCUCCUGGGCGAGCUACCAGAGGACUCCUACGUCAUGUGA